GAAAAUAACAAUCCGACUGUUGAUCACCAAGAAGGAAGUAGAACUAGAUUUCAAUGGUUAGAAACACCCAAAACUGUUUUGAUUGUUAAGAAGCACAAAGAUAAGAAAACAACAAUGUGGUUAAAUACAAUGGCUGCAUGGUUAAAACAAACUUAUAAUCUUAGGGUUUUAGUUGAACCAAAUGUUAUUAUAUCAUCAGAAUCAACAUCACUUCUCGAGACCUAUUCAGAGGAGGAAAGUCAUUUAUUGGGUAAAGUAGUAGACUUUGUUGUUACACUAGGUGGAGAUGGUACAUUGUUACAUGUAUCAUCACUAUUUAAACAUGAAGUACCACCUAUUAUUUCAUUUCACUUGGGUACAUUAGGUUUUUUAAUGCCAUUUAAUAUUGAAGAUUACCAAGAAUCAAUUUCAAAUGUUAUUAAUGGUGGAUUUUUAUGUACAAAUAGAAUGAGAUUAAUUUGCGAUAUUUAUUCAAAACAACCAAUUACCUCAUCACACCCACCAACAACACCCACAACCAAUAUAGUAUCACCAUCAAUUUCAAUAGGUGAAGUUCACUCGACCCAACCAAUUGUAAAGAAAAGUUUCCAAGUUUUAAAUGAGGUUACUUUACAUCGUGGCUCCAACCCACACUUAACAACCAUCAACUGCACAAUCAAUGGACAUACUUUAUCAGAUAUAGUUGGUGAUGGUUUAAUUGUUGCCACUGCCACUGGUUCGACUGCAUACUCUUUAUCUUGCGGCGGUCCUAUGGUUCAUCCAUGUAUUAACUGUAUUUUAUUAACCCCAAUUUGCCCAAGUUCUUUUUCUUCAAAACCUGCCCUUUUACCUGACGACUCUGUUUUAAAAUUAAAUAUGAUUUCACAAAAAGGAAGAUCAAUUAGUGCAACAUUUGAUGGUACAAGAUCAGUCAAAAUCGAACAAGGUGAUUAUCUUGUAAUUAGAAAAUCAUUGCAUCCACUAUUAACAAUUAAUAAAACAAACGAGACUACCGACUGG